AUGGACAAUCCCGGAUGGCACGCCUACCGGCGCGCACAACGAGACUAUUUCGACCACCCACCACAACGCGGGCCCGAUGGCAAAUAUCCGGUCGAGCAGAUUACACCCAUGGAUGAGUCCUUCAUCGGUGGUUUUCAUCCUCAAAUGCCUUCUACACCCGGGCCUCCUCUUCCACCGAAGGACGACACUAUGUUUCCCCAUAAGGCUCAGCCUGUUGUUUCAGCUAGCGAGCUGACAAGGAUGAGCGCUAUUGAGAGAUCCAAUACGUUGCGGAUAGCACGUAUGACCCCUCACUUACAGUUCAUGGUCGGACCUCUGUUGAGAUACGAUACGGUUGAUGAGCUAGGUAUUUGGCAUGGGGCUGCAAUGAUAGUCACUGCGGAUUCGGGCUCCAUAUAUGAGCCUCAUCCCACAUUGUUCUACGAAUGGGAUCCAGACCAGACCGUUUAUUUCAAUGCUCCAAAAAAAAGGAAACCUGAAAUAGGAAAGCCUUUCGAUCUUGGCCCUCACCCUGCAGAUCCUCACUCUACUUCUGUUGCUGUGAGCACAAGUCAAACAAACGGAAAUGUAGAACAUGGUCCUAGGCACAGACAAGAAACAGCCUUGGGUCAAGAGAUAUGGGUCUAUGGUGGCGCAGGAGGGACUUUCACGUUUUGGCGGUUUAUGAUCCAUAUACCGCUUGAAGCAAAUGAAAUGGCCAUCACAUACAUGGUCAAUCACGGUCAACGAAUGCAAUUUUUCCUUCCAGGUAGAAAUCAUAACAUGAGAUGGGCCAGUCACUCUUGUAAUGGGUUUUCUGCAGGAGUGAAUCCCGACGAUUUCCGUGGACCUGGAUUCCAGAGUGGUUAUGAUCCAUGCUGGACAGAUCUUUUGUCCAAGCACAGCGAACGUCCCUUCCACGCGAUGAUUGGAGGUGGCGAUCAAAUAUAUUGUGACCCGCUCACUCGCGAACCCGAACUACAAGAAUGGGUGACAAGAACGAAAGCUGAGGGGAAAAAGCGUUAUCCUCUAUCAGACGAAAUCACAAAUGCUAUCGAUCGCUUCUUUUUCAGUCACUACUGCAAACAAUUCAGAUCUGGUGCAUUUGCGCGGGCGAAUAGCUCAAUACCAAUGGUGAAUAUGUGUGUUGAUCUGGACGGAAGUGACGAUCGCCCUGGCGCACAUGUCAACCAAUCCGUGAUUAUUGGGGACCAAGGACCUUACGUCCGCCUUCCUUCUCACUCUUUUCUCACAUAUUUAGGACCAAAAUGUUACAUUCUCCUCUUGGAUUGCAGAGCGGAACGUAAAAAAGAUCAGAUUUGUAGUCCGUCACAAUAUCAGAAAGUGUUUGAACGAUUGAAAGCACUGCCUGAUGGCGUGGAACAUCUUGUAGUGCAAGUUGGCGUUCCUAUUGCUUAUCCUCGUAUGGUGUUUUUGGAGAGCGCACUAGAGUCUAAGUUCAAUCCCCUUGUUGCACUUGGAAGGAACGGAUCAAUGGGUCUCUCAGGAUUCGUGAACAAGUUCAACGCGGACGCGGAACUGCUGGAUGAUUUGAAUGACCAUUGGACAGCCCGCGCACACAAGCGCGAGCGGAACUGGCUUGUUGAACAGCUACAGAAACUUGCAUUGGCGGAGCGAUUGAGAAUCAGUUUUCUUUCUGGAGAUGUUCAUUGCGCCGCCGUCGGUGUGUUCAAGACCUUGAAAUCCAAGAAUGGAACAGAACUCGAUGCUGCUAGUGACUAUCGAUAUAUGGUUCAGGUAGUUACUUCGGCGAUCGUGAACACGCCUCCCCCGAACGGGGUCAUUACCAUGGUGUCUUCUCUUGCCACCAAAACUCAUAAAACCCUUCAUCAUAUCGAAACUGAUGAAACUAUGCUUCCUGUCUUCACGAAUGAUACAGACGGAUCACCCCGGAGGCAAAAGUACAUCAUGGGCAAGCGCAAUUGGUGUAGUACUGUGUUUGAUGAGUCCACCGGUGACCUGGUCUUCGACAUUCGAGUUGAGAAAGAGAAAGGAAUAGGACAAUCUACCGGUUAUCCCGUUCGAUGUCCACCACCUCGAUGGAAGAAAGUUUGA